UCCAACACCAUCACCCCCACCCCACUUCCCAGAGGCACAGCUGACGGCAGUCACGCUGGGUGAGAGCAGCAAGGGCCCCAUAAGUCCAUAACAGUAGAGCGCGUGAAAUCACAGCAGCCUUUCCCCCUCAUCCUCCAACAAAAGAAUGAAAGUGAAAAGAAACGUAGUUUUCAUUCUUAUUAUUAGUCGUUAGAGAAAGAAAAGAAAGAAAGAACCCCCCAUCAAAUUUACACACUUUUUUCGCAUUCCUCCCUUUUCCUUUUCCUCUCACUUUGCUUUGUUAAAAGCAUAACUUCAACAUUUUCUCCCUUCAUCUUAUUAUUCUUCCAUUUUUAUUUGACCAUUUUGUUCUUCAUGUAUUCUCUUUCUAGAUUCUGGAACUAAUUUAAUUUCCAGUAAGUCUUCCUUUUAAUUUUAUUUUCCCGUAUGGGUUUCAUCUUAUUUUUUUUUAUUUAUUUACUAGUAAUAAAGUUUGGGGGUAAAUAAUGAGCUGAGCUCUAGCAUUGAACUCCCACUUGAUUCUCCUGGCGGAUUGAUUUGGCGAACCCUGAUUUACAAUGACAAGGGUGAGUCCUGAAUUUGAGUAUGAGGUGCAGAAUGAUGCAGUUGUAUCAGUUUCAGCUGAUGUUAGUUUCCCUUCUGAUGGAUUUCCAAAGUAUAAAAUUGGACCCAACAAUGAGAUAGUGGAAGAGCCCAAAGCAAAUCCUGAUUCGCCUCCCCUAAAGGAAGUUGUUACACAAGAAACCGAGCAACUAGCCGAGCAACAUAAACGUCUCUCCGUUAGAGAUCUUGCUACUAAAUUUGAUAAGAAUCUGGCUGCUGCUGCUAAGCUAUCAGAUGAGGCGAAACUCAGGGAGACGGCUUCUUUGGAGGGACAUGUUAUUUUGAAAAAACUUAGGGAUGCUCUGGAAUCAUUGAAAGGGUGUAUGGCUGGUAGAAAGAAAGACGACGUUGAGAAAGCUAUUUCCAUGGUCGAAGCUUUGGCAGUCAAACUGACUCAAGAAGAAGGAGAGUUAAUUCAAGAGAAGUUUGAAGUCAAGAAGCUGGCAAACUUUCUUAAGCAGGCUUCUGAAGAUGCUAAAAGAUUGGUAAACCAAGAAAGAUCCUUUGCUUGUGCUGAAAUAGAGAGUGCUAGAGCCGUAGUACAAAGGUUUGGGGAAGCUCUUGAAGAAGAGGAAAAACUAGCUCAAACAUCCGGAAAACAGGAUGUCGAGACAUUGGUGGACGAGAUUCAGGAAGCUAGACAAAUCAAAAUGAAGCAUCAGCCAUGCAAGGUGAUGGACAUGGAACAUGAACUUCGAGCUCUUAGGCUUCAACUCCGAGAGAAGUCUAUAUUCUCGGCUAAGCUACAAAAAGAGUUGGCAAUGAGCAAGAGAGCGGAGGAGAGUAGAUUGUGUGUGUACCAACUAGAGGGGGCUAAAACCUUAGGUUCAUGUCUUAGGAUUCGUCCCCGUGCCAAUAAUGCCCCCGAUCUUUCAAAAUGCUCAAUUCAGUGGUACCGGCUAUCUGCUGAGGGCGAACAUAAAGAAAUCAUAUCAGGUGCCAACAAACCAAUUUAUGCACCGGAACCCUUAGACGUGGGCAAAAUAUUACUAGCUGAUGUUGUUUCUGAUAGUCAGACAAUUUCCGUGACAACUGUUGCUACCGUUGACCCUGCUCCUGGAUUGACAAGCUACGUGCAAUCGCUUCAGCGGAGAUCCAAUGCUGAAUUCCAUGUAGUGAUAUCACAGAUGAAUGGACAUGAUUAUCCAUCGCAUUCUGUUCAUGUAUUCCACGUGGGAAAAUCGAGAAUAAAACUUAGUAGAGGAUGGAUAAAUAAAACCAGAGAGUCUUAUUCUACAUCAAUGCAGCUAUGUGGUGUAAGAGGAGGUGGGAAUGCUGCUUCCAAAUCAUUGUUCUGGCAAGCAAGGAAGGGAAUUUCCUUUGUUUUGACACUCGAAUCCGAAAGAGACAGAAAUGCUGCCAUUAUGAUAGCAAGAAAAUAUGCUCUUGAUUCUCAUGUAGUACUUGCUGGACCUGAUGAGUGAUGACAGAACCUAAUAUCAAACCUAACCGGAACUCGAAGCAUCUAUAUCGAAUCCAAUGAGAGUUUAACCUGAUUUUUGUUAUGGUUUUCUUGGUGUGUUAUUUUUUGUUGUAUAUUUGUGUGCUUUAGAUGCUAUAUUUACUUAUAUAGAAGAGUGGCUUGUAGUAAUUCCACUAAUCUUGUUGCGAUCCUUACUUUAGGCAUUGUUUUUUUAAUUGCCUAGUUUCAGGUUGUAACCUUUCUUAAUGAGUUAGUGAUAUUAUACGAAGUAGAUAUGUAUCAAGUGUUCAGUUUCACUUGAUUCGAUCACAUUGGCGUAUAGCUACAAUUUUCUGAAUAAGAAUCAUUUUUGUAUGUUGGCUUA